CGCACGAUGUCCGCCGCUCUCACUUUCUCCGCCGGUGUCGUUGGCACGCGCGUUGCCGCCAAGGCGCCCGUCGCGCGCCGCCAGGUCGUCGCGGCCACUCCCGCGCACGCCGCGCAGGAGCUCCUCGGAACCGUCGUCUCCACCACGCCCAAGACCGCGACGGUGCUCGUGUCCAGGAAGGUGCCCCAUCCCAGGUACCACAAGCUCAUCAACAAGAGCAAGAAGUUCGCCGUGCACGAUGAGGAGAACACGGCCAAGGUUGGCGACGUCGUGUACAUCAAGCAGUGCCGCCCGAUGAGCAAGAGCAAGAAGUUCACCCUCGGCGAGGUCGUCACCGCCAAGUAAGAUUCUUUUCUUACUUAGCGGGGAGAAAACGGAACGGAGGGGGGGGCGGGGGACGGCCGGUGACGCGAAUGCGAGGCUCACGGGUGAGCGCGCGUGCGCCGGAUAGUUCCCUCGCUACAUAGUUGUGAAGAUGUGCCGGUGUCAACGGUGGUUGGUGUGUGCGCGACGGCGUCGACGCGCGCAUUCCGCGCCAGACCUGGAACCCAAUCCCUAAACCCUACCGGAUAAGGGGCUCGGACUGGGUCACAGCUGGCUACGUUUACGCAACGCGGGGGUGGAAGACUACUAGAGUCUUGGGGUCGCGGCGCGCGUCGGGUGACGGAACCCGACCGUCGACGCGGCCGAUUCUUUGCGUAGAAAGCGAAUGGCAUUAACACAGGAGGGGGCGCGGAUCGUAGCCGCGUCGUCCUCCCGCUCGCGAGUGGAGACGAGUCUCCCUUGUAAAAAAUUGGAGACUCUCAUUCAC